AUGGCCGAAGAUAUGCACGUAAACCCUCAACGCGCAAAGCAGCUUACCGAGCGUAUCGCGAGCAUAACAUCGCGCAUCAAUGCCGCAAGCAAGAGCGGACAGAAUGUCCGCCUCAUUGCCGUCUCUAAACUGAAGCCAGCAAACGACAUCCUCGCCCUUCACCAGCCGCCCAACCCUCUCCAGACACAUUUCGGCGAAAACUAUGUCCAAGAACUUCUCGAAAAAUCCAAACUCCUUCCCCGCUCAAUACGAUGGCACAUGAUCGGCGGCCUCCAAUCGAACAAAUGCAAGCAGCUCGCAGAGCAAAUUCCAAACCUCUGGUGCGUCAGCAGCGUAGACAGCGAGAAGAAGGCCAACGAGCUGGAAAAGGGACGUCGCGCACUGCUCGAAAAGGACCAGGAUGCUGAGAAGCUGCGUGUCAUGGUGCAGGUCAACACCAGCGGCGAGGAAGCCAAAUCCGGCGUCGAGCCGGCGGAUACCGUAACCCUGUGUCGCCAUGUGAUUGAAAAGUGCCCGCAUCUCGAGCUGUUUGGGCUGAUGACGAUUGGCGCUAUUGCGAGGAGCAAGGAGACGACGCCGGAGAAUGAGAACGAGGAUUUCGUGUGCUUGAGAGAUACAAGAGAUAAGGUUGCAGAGGAACUGGGCUGGGACAAGAGUAAGCUCCAACUCAGUAUGGGUAUGAGUGCAGAUUUCGAGGGCGCAAUUAAGAUGGGGAGUGACGAGGUCAGGGUGGGGAGCGAUAUCUUUGGAGAGAGGCCGCAGAAGAAAGACGCUAUUGUGAAGGAGGAUGUGGCGGAAGACAAAAGCUAG